AUGGUCAACGGUAUUGCUAUUUUGUUCCUUUGCGGACUGGGACUAGUCGGUGCUGACCAGUUAAGGGAGGAGCUCCAGUCUGUUCAUCAUCGUCUUGGACUUCUCCAGGCAACGCUGCCCAAGAAUAUUGACUAUGAUAAGAUAGACACACGAGCUGUUGCUACUGAUGACACCAAAUGCCUAGAGGAUAUGGCAGAGCUCUUUAGCGGGCUGAAAUCGGGCAGUUACUGGGCACUCAAGAUGCUUGAUUCUUGGGGUUCCCUACCCUCGGGCCUGCUUUAUGGCACCUUUUACAAUCUCGGAAACUUCGAUGAGUGUCUCAGCAUUCAUCAAGAGAUCAGCAGCAGUCAAACGAUCCAGGGCAAAUAUUGUUUCCUGGCUGUGCCCCUUAAGGAUGUCCUGGACACCGGUAUUGCUUCCUUGGAAAGCAUGCAGAUCAAGAUUGCCUCAUGUUUCCCGGCUUCCUGUUCGGCAACUCAGAUGGAAAACUAUGCAGGGCAAUUAUAUCAAAAUGUAUUCAACUUGACAAAAAGUGUAGAUAUAACCAUUGAUGAAGAGGGUUGCCAAACAAGUGAUCCCGAGCCCUGGGAUGGCCUUACGAUUUUCACAGUUGUGAUUCUGUCUGUGCUGACUUUAAUAGUAGGUUGUUGCACUUUUUACGAUUACUUUCUGUGUGAAAAUCAGAAACAACUUCCUGCUUUGGUAAAGAUCAUAUCAGCUAGGGCCAACUCUCGAGCUCUUUUCCGCCUUGUAGAUGGCACUUCCAAUCCCAACGUUAUUGACUGCCUCCAUGGAAUCCGCUGCAUGUCUCUCAUUUGGGUGGUUUUUCUACAUGAACAUAUGUACUCUCUGAUAUCGCCAAACAUCAACUUUACUUACGCGCUUGAAUGGCUGGAGAAGCCCAUGGCAAGUUUUUUCGUUCAUGGUUAUUUCUCAGUGGAUUCGUUUCUCUUUAUUGGUGGCUUGCUAGUGUCCAUGACUGCUCUGCGUACCAUGGAAAAGACCAAGGGAAAACUAAAUGUUCCAAUGAUGUAUGUGCAUCGUAUUAUUCGCAUCCUUCCCGUCCUAGCUAUGGCUAUCUUGAUCUACGUUAAGCUCAUGCCAGUGGUCAGUGGUGGUCCUCUUUUCAAAAGUGGAUUCCAUGGCAAAGAGCAGUGUAUCAAUGGCUGGUACUGGGACUUGCUUUUCAUCCAGAACUAUGCAACGGAGAGUUGCCUCGAUCAAUCCUGGUAUUUAGCAGUGGACAUGCAACUGUAUAUCCUCUCCCCACUCCUCCUGAUUGCCCUCUACAAAUGGGGCAAGAAGGCGGCCUUUGGCAUUGUUGUACUUGUGGUUUUGCUUUCUGGUUGCCUGUUUGCCACCCAGAUGGUCAAUCAUUACUCGAUGAGUAUUAAGAAUGGCGGUGGCGAUGAUGAAGCCAAUUCAAAGUUGUAUUUGGCCACACAUACACAUGCUGCUCCUUGGCUGAUUGGAUUCCUGUUCGGCUACUUCCUGCACUUAAAUCGUGGCAGGAAGUUCGAGUUGAGUCGUUUGGUUGUUUGGUCUGGUUGGCUCUUCAGUCUGGCCAUGAUCUUCACCUCGAUCUUUGCCCUCUAUCCAUCUGGAAAGUGGAGUGCCCCCCCUCUGUCAACUGUGGAGGAAUCUGUUUACUACACCUUCACUCGUCUGGCUUGGCCCUUGGCCAUGUGCUGGGUGGUUUUCGCCUGUAUGCAGGGUUAUGGCAGCCUGGCCAACAGUUUUCUUUCCACUCCCUUGUGGCAGCCACUCUCUAGGCUCUCGUACUCCGUCUUCAUUUGGCACAUGUUCGUCCAGGAGGUUAACAGCCGGAAUGUUAGGACCAGCACUUACUUCUCAACUUACACAGUGAUGCUCAACUUUUGGUCAGACUUUGGGAUCAGUCUCGUCAUGUCCUAUGUUUUGUAUCUGAUUAUUGAGGCACCAAUCGGUGGUCUAGAUGCUCUUUGGAGACCCACUGGCAAUGUGAAACCCCCUUCUGCCGUUCAACCAAUCCUAACUUCCGUUGUGGAGCACAAGACUAAUGGUGAUGAAGCCGAAAGUAAACUCGAGGCCCGAACUGAUUAGCAUUUUUAUUUUUAGUUAGUUAAAUUUUGU